GUUGGCUCCAGCAUCUGCUGCCGAAAUUGCGGCUGCGAGAUUGUGCAACAAGGCCGUGUCAAGUCAUGGAAAGAUUUACCUAGCGAGAACUGGGCGGAGAUGAUGGAAUUCUGGCAUUGCCAUAAGCCUCACGACCACGGACACGAGCAUCACAACGGCGACGCCCUGUCCAAGCGUGGAUACGGAGCUAAUAGCGCAAUCACCGCUCAGCCUGGUAUUGGGUUUGUGGACCUCACUUCCUUCAUGUUCUCAGAGUCGGACUGUGAUGGUCUGUUGUUCUCUCGACCCAACUCUGAGUCCACCUUCGAUACCAGCAAAGAGGCCAUUGAUGGAGCUGAUCCAGUGGAGCCUCUACGUAUCACUUGCAAGGCUUGCGCUUCAGAAAUAGGGCUAUACAAUGCUCUUGCAUCAUCUAUAGCCCUGUUCAAGUGGCAGGUGACUUGCGAAACAGCUUCGCCCAGCAAGGCUCCAAGCAGCUCAGAGUGCCUAGCAGCCACUCUGAUAGCAACUAUUUCACGAUCAGGCUCGUCCAAAUCCGUUGUGGCAUCACAUACGUUUGAUACCACUGCAGAAGGAACAAGGUCGGAGCAGCCUCUGUCUCUGAAUCUCUGGGUGCUCAAUGCCAAUAUCGUGUAUACGUCCACCAUGCGCGAAGGAAGGAGGACGGCGAUAAAGCUUCUCUAUCAAGACAUUGAUGUAGAGCAAGGAAAUAGCCUCGUUGAUUCCAUGACCUCGGGAGUCCAGGAGAUCAGCUUCCCAGCCGCUGCUAUUAAGACAGCUCGGCAGGUUCUCCAGGAGAGUAACAGCUUGAUGCCCGUCUCUGAGCGGUUGUUCCAGCAAUGGCAUGUGGGUUUACUAGAGCGUUGGGAAUAG